AUGCACUUGCUCAUUCGAUUAUUUACUUAUAGCGAAUCGCCUAUGAGCUCUUAUUUGGUCGGUAUAAUUAGUUUCAUUUCAUGUAUUAGUGGAGUAGUAUUAUUUUUAUCGAUAAUUCCAAUAUUGUUAAUAUCUCAAAAACCAAAUAUACCAACUACAACUGCUAGCAGUUCAUUUUCAACAGAAUUUACCAUGACUUAUGCUUUAAAUGAUAUCGAGUCCGAUGGCAUGCCAACAACUAUUGAACAUAUGGCAUUAAUUUUCAAAAAAUUUGACAAACAAGCGCAUGCACUAGUUAGAGAUGGUCUAGUCAUUUCUUUGAUGAAAAAAAUAAACACAACAGCUGCACAUGAAUAUCUAAAACAUAGUAUUACUUGUAAUAGAUUCAACGAAAAGACAGAAAUCAUUUUCAUUAUUAGUAUUCGUUUACGAUAUCCAAAUACUUUUAUAUGUCAAACACCGAUCUGCGCUAAAAGUCUUUUUAUGCUAAUCCAUGACAAACUUAAAGGAAUCUCAACGUUUACUGUGAAACUCCAAAAUGAAUUAACAAUACAACUUAGUUUGUGUUCAAUCGAAAAUUUAAUCUGUAAAUUCGUAUCUGUUGAUGAUGUUUCAACAGAUGAUUUCGAGUAA